AUGGCCGUUUCCACGGCCAAAUUUCUCUACUUUGGCCGUAAAAAACUUCGCAUGGCCGUGGAAAAAUGGAUGGUCAAGGCCAAACUAUUUGGCCGAAUUUUUGUCGAAUUAGAGUUCGCAGUGGCUAUAUCUUGUCACUGUUCAACAGCAAGUGUAGACCAUCUUGGGGAAUUGAUGAAAAAGAACGGUAAAGGAAGUGAACUAGAGAAUCUGCAGCUCCAUCGUACAAAGUGCAGUAAGUUGCUCUCCAAAGUAAUUGCUCCAGCAUUGUUUGAGGAAUUAAAAGGAAAUGCAAAGGACAAGAAGUACUCCGUGCUUGUUGACGAAGCCACAGAUGUGGCCACAGACAAGCAUAUUUGUGUUAUUGUGAGGUAUUAUAGUGAUUCAAGAUUGAAAAUUAUCACGGAAUUUGGUGGCCCUGUGCCCAUUGUUGGGGCUACGGGUCAUGAAGUGUUCUUGACACUGAGCAACACCCUGGGGAAGAUGGGAUUAAAGUGGUCUGACUGUGUCGUGUUUGGCAGUGAUGGUGCAUCUUCGAUGAUUGGUAAACAUAACUCAGUGUGGUCGAGAGUGAGAGAACAGUCACCAAACUGCCAGCUCAACAGAUGUGUCUGCCACUCACUUGCACUCUGCAUUGAAAAGGCCUUUGGCAAGCUGCCAUCUAAUCUUGGAUACCUCUUGCAUAAAGUUCCUAAGUGGUUCAGUAAGAGCAUCAUCCGUAGAGAGGCAUUUAAGGAACUAUUUAGGGUAAUGGAUGCUAAAGAAGAACGAAAGGUCACUCCUCUUCCCUUUCAGAAACUCUCAUGUACACGAUGGCUAAUUCGAGGAAAAGUCAUCUACAAUAUCCCCUUAAACUGGGAGGAACUGAAAGCCUACUUUGCUGUUGUAGUUCCAAGGGCAAUUCUUUCCUGUCCAACUAUUAGAUAG